AUGUUUGCCAACGAAGACAAUUCCGAUGCAAAUCCGAUUGCAAAGCCUUCGAGUAUUUCCCAUGAAAGGAGUGUUUCCUUUUCUUCUAUUGAAAUUCGACAGUAUCCGCUAUGCAUGGGUGAUAAUCCUGGAUGUCUGAGAGGUGUCCCCAUUUCGAUGGAUUGGAAACACACGGAAGAAAUCUCUUUGGGUUUGGAUGAAUACGAGGAAUGUCGUGGCGAGCCAAGUGAAACAAUAGCCAUUCCACCACACAAACGAUUUGAGAUGCUUCAACGCACCAAGUUGUACACAAGAUGUGAGAUUAUGAAGACACUGCAAAAAGUAGAAGCAGAUCGUGAACGCAGGAAAGCUUCUAGUCGCGACAGUGAGAAAGAAGAAUAUAUUGAAGGUUUGAAGCGCGGAAUUUUGAAUAAGACUCUUCGGCGGAAGAAGAAACAAAAAGAAAGGGAAUUGCUCCUUCCAUACCUAUCACCGCAGAACUCUGUGAAAAAGAGUGGACUCCGAAGGUCCCUCUCUACUUCGUCUACCUCUUGUGAAUCCACUUCGCUUGAUGACGAUCAUCUAAGCGAUGUUGACAACGGGGAGUUUGAGCGACAACUACAGAUCCAAACAUAG